UGGGAAACCGAAAGCUCAUUGCAUAUUCUUAUGGAUCUGGGGACCCGUGGGGACCUAGAAAAUUAUCUGGCUCAAAGGAACAAGGCUAGCAUUGAGCUCCGACGAAAUCUCUUUGCACAAGUCUGCGCUGGGUUGCAUUACCUUCAUGAAGGUCAAGACAACCAAGUGUCGGUGAUUCAUCGCGACUUGAAAACCUCCAAUGUCCUGAUCGACCACACUUUCCGAGCAAAAAUUGCCGACUUUGGAUUGGCAAUCGUAUGUGACAAACACGCGAAAGGACAUUGGGG